AGUGGAGCAGCCUGGCUCCCUAACUCUGCCAGCACCGACAGGCAGUGUUGCUGACUCUACUGGGGUCUGAUCCAGACGGGUCUCUUCUUCCUCCGUCAGUUUCUUCUUCCUCUUUCCGCACAACACAUGGGAUCCGUGAGCCCCAAGCCAGGGGUCUGAGCAGAGGGCUUCGCCAGCCGAGCCUGACAUGAGGGGACGGAGAUGCGCUCAGCCGGGCUGCCGACAGUGGGCUUUAUGGAGCUCCAGCUGAAGGGGGGUGGUCCCCUGGUGGUCCCGGCGAAUACCAUCUACAGCACCGUCCAGCAGCAGGACUACUCUGCAGGCGUAUGGCUCCGCAGGAAAGAGAAAAAACUGGAGCAUUCUCAGCAGAAAUGCAUCGUAAUCUUCGCUUUGGUGUGCUGUUUCGCUGUCCUGGUGGCCUUGAUCUUCUCGGCGGUGGAUGUCUGGGGAGAGGAUGAAGACGGUAUAACAGAAGAGAACUGUAACAAGAACUGCAGGGUAGUGCUUGUGGAGAAUAUUCCAGAAGAUGUCACCUUCUCUAAGAAUAGUACGGCCCACCUCACCCUCUCUGCUGGGCUGCAUAGCCUACUGGACCUGGCCGUGGCUGGUCGUUCUGUGGAGAUUGUGUCACCACAAUGGAACCUGAACUCCUCUGACAGUGAAUCAAGCUUCCUACCAUCUUCUAGGCAGGGUCAGGCUUUGCUGCAAAGACUGCAGGGGCUGAAGAAGAAGGGAAUCAAUUUGAAGAUAGCUAGUGGAAUGAUCAACUCUGUAGAGCUCAAGAGCCUCUCUCGUCUGAGUGAGGUGCACUACAUUAACAUGACGGCCCUGACCAAAGGCUUCCUGCACUCUUCUUUCUGGGUGGUGGACAGGAAGCACAUCUACAUCGGCAGUGCCACCAUGGACUGGCGUUCACUGUCCACGAUGAAAGAACUGGGGAUCAUCAUCUACAACUGUAGUUGUCUGGCACUGGACCUGCACAGGGUAUUCAACCUCUACUGGCAGCUGCAGUAUAAGGACUUUGUACCGUCCAUCUGGUCCAAGAGGCUGAGUGCCCUGUGGAACAAAGAUGAAAACCUCCCACUUCUCUUCAACAACACCAAGGCUGAUGUCUUUCUCUCUAGCUCUCCAGAUGUCUUCUGCCCUAAAGACAGGACCAGAGACCUCGACGCCAUAUCCUAUGUGAUCCAAAAGGCCAAGAAGUUCAUCUACAUAUCCAUUACAGACUACCUGCCUCUCACUAACAGGAAUUCUCACAGAUACUGGUCAAGUAUAGAUGGGAUGAUUCGGGAGGCCUUGAUCCUGAGAAACAUCAAAGUGCGUCUGUUAGUAAGCUGCUGGGAGCAGACACACCCCCUGACCUUUAACUUUGUGUGGUCCCUGAAGACCUUGUGUAUGGAGCUCCCUAACUGUUCACUGGAGGCUAAGUUCUUCAGCACCAGGGAGCAGAGAGAUGGCACGCUACAGGGAAUCAACCAUAACAGAUUCAUAGUGACAGACAGUGCUGUGUACAUAGGGAACUUUGACUGGGUGGGGAAUGAGUUUAUGUUCAACGCUGGAGCAGGCAUGGUGAUCAGUCAGGCAGAGGGGCUGAAGGAGAGGAACUCAACGUUGGUGGAACAGGUGAGGGCUGCGUUUCAGCGGGACUGGUAUUCACGCCACACCAUGAGCCUGCAGGCUAACAAGAUCCCAGUCUGCAACAAGCACCAGCUCAACCAACUGGCACAUCUCAAAAUCACUCAACCACCAGAGAGCAGCGGGAGUCAGGAGAGUCCCAAUGGCUCCUUCUGAUUCCAAAGACGUGGUGUGUUACAAGACUUUUAUGCUUUAAGAGAAAAAUAACUAUUUGAAUGCUGAAAUCGGAUACAAUUUACAACUUGUUUUUAGGUAAUAUUUGUUUUCUAUCACGUCUUCUGUUUAUUUCAUCCUCUUUCAUCCUCUAAGACAUGGGCAGGGAACUGAUGAAAUAAAUAUAUUUUCUAUUGAUUGCCAAACCUAAAUAUAGUUAAUUGUUUAAUCAAUUUUUACCAAUAAUGUCAUAAUUUAUCACAGCCUUUAAAACCCUCUCUGACCAAAACACGGUUGGAGCAGCAUGGACAGUAGUGUGGAGAUACAGUAUAUCCUAUACAAAUCUAUACUCCAAGGAUGUUUACCUUGUGUCUUCAAUAUUCGUUUUUAAAGUGCAGAAUUCCUCCAGCCUCGACCAAAUCAACAGGUGCCAUUUGUCACUUGGACAACAGCUGAUCAAAUGAAGCGAAUGGGAAAAUAACAGACAACUGCAUGUCUUGAUCUCAUCUGACUCAUAAGCUACUGACAUCUUUCAGGUGUUUAUUGUUGCAGAGUACAGACAAUUAUGCCCCAUUGGCAUCAAUCUAUUUUGGUAUUGCAUCUAAAAUCCUGUUUUGGUCUCAACUAGACUGUAUACUUGAUUAUGUUUAAUAUCACCAUGCCAGGGGUUGAUCUCGGAAUCUUAACUCAAUUUCCAGGAUUAUGAUACAUUAACCAAUUUUAAGAUGGAAAAAAAAAAUGUUGCAUAUUUUAUUCUAUUCUGUAUAUUGUCUUUGUUGGAAACACUCAAAAGGGUAGAAAUAUAUAUGUAUUCAACUUUUAAUAGAACUUUAGGCCUAUUGUGUUGUUUUAACAUGAUCAAGAAAUUGAUCUAUUACUGAAUUUUUCAUGAAAUUUACAUUUCUGUAAAAAGGUGUCUUGCUUUCUUGAUUAUAUUGGAAAGUAUUGAAAACCACCACUACAGAAACAAAACUUCCCUGGGCUUUACUUAGUUUGUAAAUGGAUAUGCUACCAUACCACUGUCAUGUGCUGUCAUAUAAUAAACAGAGAAACAGCAACAGAGGUCGAUAGCACACUAACAUUGGAAGGUGCUGAGCUGCCAUUUAAGGUCUAAGGUAUUCGUUUGGUCAAGUUACAAGACUAGACAAUGAUUUUAUCUAAUGGAAUAUUGGUAAUUGAUUCCCAAGUUCUUCAUGGAUAAUUGGGUUUCUUUCUGGUAUAACUCAGCUGGAUAAAGGUGUCUAACCAGUGGUACAACUGUAGCUCUCUUUGGAAGCAGAUGUUGACUUAUUUACCAGAUAUUGAAAAAACAGUUGUUGGAGGGGAUUUCAGAUCAAUAUCAUGAAUUUUUAAAGACUGCUAGACACCAUUUCCAGUUUCCCCUAAAGGACAUGUUUUGAAAUAAGACCGCAUGCAUUGCUUAACUUAACACUGACAGAGAAAAUAACCACAGAAUCUCAUCACCCGCAUGAUACAAGCUUUGCACCUGAUCAUAAAAGAUGAUCAACUACAGGAGUUGUUAACAUCUGUUUAUGAUUAUGUCACGCCGAUGAAUACAUUCUGUAUGUAAUAGCCUAUCUGUGGUGGUUGAUGGGCAUUAUACUUAUAUUCAUUGUAAUGUCUUAUAUCUGUAUUUUCAUUGCCUUUUUACAGUAAUAUAAUGGGAGAACACUUUCUCUAUGGUUACAGACGGUUCUCUUUGCACAUAUUCUGUUUUCAUUGGGGUUCUUUUAUAUCUGUACCUAUUCUGAUACAGGAAAAAUAUUAAUAGUAGACUGAAAAAAUAACAAUGUACUUCCUGAAAAUAUUUUGUCAGUGUUAACCAGAACAUAAAUGUAGCAUUAACAAACAUCUAUGAUGUACACUGCACUUGUGCCAGACAAUGUUCUUAAAAUAGUUUAAUCUGAGAGUAAAUAUAUGUACAACAAUUUAACCUUUAACUAUGUCAAAGGCAUCUGACUGCUUUUGGUGCAACAGUCCAGAGUGGGCUAUUUUGAAUAUUGUUUAAAGAGUACCUCAAUAUUGACUGUUUGGGGUGCUCUUUGUCACUUUUCUUUUCAGUUAUUGCUGACAAAUCUUCAGUCACUGUAUUACUCUUGAUGUAGCAAUGCUGGGAUUAACAUUGACAUAUUAUUUAAUUUAAUAGACGCUCUUAUCCAAAGCGAAUUACAUGUAUUAACCUAUACAUCGAACCCAUUAAGAACAGAUCUCUCGCAAACCAAAUUUGGGGUGAGUCCCAGAUACAAUCGAUAAACUGCCCCUGACUAACUGUUGCCACCUAGAGUUAGUUUGAGGAAAGGCUAUUUCUCUUACCUGCAAACAGGCACAAAAGAUGUCUGAAAUAAUCAAUUGUGGAUUAGACAGAUGUCCUACAUUUGAUUAGAAUUGUCUCCUGUGUUGUUUUCUCAAGAUGUUACAUUAGAUUGGUAAAUCCACAGGCUACUACUGACUGGUAAAUCUGUUCAUUAAAGGUAUGAUUGUAAUAUUAAAAUAUUAAUUGGAAGGAUACCAAUGUGGUCAAGGUGACCACAGAGUUCAUUCCAAAGCACAUUGCAUCACAUCACAACAUUGAAGACGUUAAUUUGACUACCGUCUAUUACAGUACAAUUACUGCCCUCUGGAGGACAAUAUGUCCCACCAAUUGAUUAUACACUGAGUGUACAAAAUAUUAAGAACUCCUUCCUAAUAUUGAGUUGCACACCUCGGCCCCACGAAGUGUUCCACAGGGCUGCUGGGCCAUGUUGACUCCAAUGCUUCCCACAGUUAUGUCAAGUUGGCUUGAUGUCCUUUGGGUGGUGGACCAUUCUUGAUACACACAGGAAACUGUUGUGCGUGAAAUAGCCAGCAGCGUAACAGUUCUCGACACAAACCGGUGAGCCUGGCACCUACUACCAUACCCCAUUCAAAGGCACUUAAAUAUUUUAUCUUGCCCAUUCAGCCCCUGAAUGGCACACAUGCACAAUCCCUGUCUCAAUUGUCUCAAGGUUUAAAAAUCCUCAUUUAACCUGUCUCCUCCCCUUCAUCUACACCAAUUGAAGUGGAUUUAACAAGUGAAAUCAAUAAGGGAUCAUAGCUUUCACCUGGAUUAACCUGGUCAGUCUGUCAUGGAAAGAGCAGGUGUUCGUAAUAUUUUGUCCAAUCAGUGUACAUUAUGCUAUCUCUGUUUUGCAUCUAUUUUGCUCAAUUUUGGCAUACUCACUCCUUGUAUGCCCUGCCUUUAUGAACUGUAUAGUACAAUAGACAGAGCCUUCUUUUAAAAUGAUAGAAUUUCAAAAUACAAAAGGAAUGUAUAUUUAUUGUAUAACCUUGUUGAUGCCUGUAUCUAAUUGAUACUUUUAAUUUGUACUCUUAAUAAAAAAUGU